CUUCUAGAACUUGCUGAGCGACGUCGGGCCAAACGACAGCGGCAGCAGCAGAAGCAGCAGCAACAACUAGACAAACAGAAGUUGUCAACUCCGCGACGGUCGAGACCUGCAGAGGUUGAAAUUGAGGCAGCAAAACUGCUCGAUGAAUCCGAGGAGGGUACCAUCGUGAUUCUGAAUCUCGCACGCGCUCUUCUCGCUCGCAGCUUCUUUAUUGUUCAUUCCAUUGCGACUAUCUGGAAUGCCGUCAAGGAUGGCGCGUGUGUAGCCGGAUUGCAGGUUUGUGAUGACAAUUCGAUGUGGGGCUUCGUUUUCAUUUCCAUCACGAUCGUCUUCGAAGGCGCUCACAGUAUCAUCAUGCGCGCUGGAAUCGAGGCACAAUGGUCAGAUUUUAUAAUUUCACUGCACUGUGCCGUAAGGGGACUAGCACAGAAGAAUUUGCGGCUGUCAUCUUUGCAGAAGAAGUUAGCCACUGCCAAGCAUGAAACUGCCGCUACAUCGGCCUUACUUGCUGCACCUCCCACACAACUUCUGCCUGUGCGGCCCGAUCUGCCCAGUAAGAAGCCUUGCCCUGUCUGUGGAGUGGUUUUUUGUGGUGAAAAUUCGAUUGAGCGUCACGUUGAACUCGUCCAUCCAACUAAAUAUCAGGAAUAUUAUGCCGACGAGAAAGGCAAGAAAGUCAAAGAUGCUAGGCUGAGUAAAGACGUCAAAGGCGAAAAAUCGACUUUUCUUGCCAUUACAAAACUUUAG